AUUCUUCCUUUUCUCUUCAAAUACCAAUCUUUCCUUCCCCCAAUCCAUCUCUCUAUCCUUUUUUUUUUCUUUUCUCCCUUAAUUAAUUUCCAUAACUUUCUUUUACAACCUUCUUCUUCUUCUUCUUCUUCUUCUUCUUCUUCUUCUUCUUCUUCUUUUUUUCCUUCAAUUUUCCCGGAAAAUUAAACCCACAUGGCCGGAGGCGGUGCCGGAAGAUCGUUGGAGGAAACGCCGACGUGGGCCGUCGCCGUCGUCUGCUUCGUCUUGGUUUUGAUUUCCAUUAUCAUCGAACACAUUCUCCACCUCAUCGGAAAGUGGCUAAAGAAGAAGCACAAACGAGCUCUAUAUGAAGCGCUCGAGAAGAUCAAAUCAGAGCUAAUGCUAUUGGGGUUCAUAUCGUUGUUGCUGACGGUAGCGCAAAGUCUCAUCACUAACGUUUGUAUACCGCCCGACGUGGCUGCCACGUGGCAUCCAUGCAGCCCCCAGAGAGAGCAGGAGAUAACCAAGCAAGGUGACCUGGUCGUCUCCGACCACAAUCGCCGGAAACUUCUGGCCGUCUCGCAUGUGAAUGCAACUUUCCGCCGCGUCCUCGCCGCUGCCGGUGGAACCGACAAAUGUGCAGCAAAGGGUAAAGUUCCAUUUGUGUCGGAAGGAGGCAUACAUCAGCUACAUAUCUUCAUCUUCGUGUUGGCCGUUUUCCAUGUUCUGUACUGUGUCUUAACUUUGGCUUUGGGGAAUGCCAAGAUGAGAAGGUGGAAGUCGUGGGAGAAGGAAACAAGAACCGUGGAGUACCAAUUCUCACAUGAUCCAGAAAGAUUCAGGUUUGCAAGGGACACGUCGUUCGGGAGAAGGCACUUGAGCUUUUGGACAAAAUCGCCUUUUCUAAUAUGGAUGGUUUGUUUCUUCCGACAAUUUGUUAGGUCGGUUCCUAAGGUUGAUUACUUGACCUUAAGGCAUGGCUUCGUCAUGGCGCAUCUGGCACCCCACAGCGAUCAGAAAUUUGACUUCCAAAAGUACAUAAAACGCUCCCUGGAAGAAGAUUUCAAGGUGGUUGUGGGUAUCAGCCCUCCCAUCUGGUUCUUGGCCGUCCUCUUCCUGCUCUUCAACACCCACGGGUGGAGGGCAUAUCUAUGGCUGCCGUUUAUCCCAUUAAUUAUUGUGUUAUUGGUGGGAACGAAGUUGCAAGUUAUAAUUACGAAAAUGGCCCUGAGGAUUCAAGAGAGAGGAGAGGUGGUGAAGGGGGUACCGGUGGUAGAGCCAGGGGAUGACCUGUUUUGGUUCAACCGCCCACGCCUCAUCCUCUAUCUCAUCAAUUUCGUGCUCUUUCAGAAUGCCUUUCAGCUUGCCUUCUUUGCUUGGACUUGGAAAGAAUUUGGGAUGAAAUCUUGCUUCCACGAGCACACGGAGGAUUUGGUUAUAAGAAUUACAAUGGGAGUCCUGGUACAGAUCCUCUGCAGUUACGUCACGUUGCCCCUCUACGCUUUGGUCACACAGAUGGGUUCAACGAUGAAGCCGACGAUUUUUAACGAGAGAGUAGCGACGGCGUUGAGAAACUGGCACCACACGGCCCGAAAACACAUAAAGCAUAACCGGGGCUCCGUGACGCCGAUGUCGAGCCGGCCGGCGACGCCCUCCCACCACAUGUCGCCGGUGCACCUCCUCCGCCACUACCGGAGCGAAUUGGACAGCGUCCACACCUCCCCGAGAAGAUCCAAUUUCGACAACGACCAGUGGGACCCGGAAUCCCCAUCGCCCUCCCACCACUUCCACCGCCACCCACAAGGCGAAGGCUCCAGUUCCUACAGCCACCACCACCACCGCGACCUCGAGGCUCCCGAAACCGACGCCGGAGAGGAUUCGACGCGGCCCGACCAGACCCAGGUCCCGGCUCCGGAGGCCCAACGGACCAAUACUGCGGAGCAGCACGAGAUUGAUGUGGGGCCCAAGGAAUUUUCGUUUGAUAGAAGAGUUGAUACAUUAUGAGGCUAAUUUAAUUCUUUCUCAGUUUUUUUUUCUUUUUAAUUAUUAAUUUAUAGAGGAGGAUGAUUGGAGUCGUUCUUUCUAAAAUGAUGCAAUUUCUUGCAUUGUUUUUGUAUAUUAUACUUCGUUUCCGUUUCUUUCCCCUUUUUUUAAUAGGUUGGAUAGGAAAUAAGGGUGGGGCGAUGGGGUAUAGUAAAAAGGAAAUGAAGAAAAAUAAAACUUUUCUAAUUUAUUUA